AUUUUGCAUGUUGCAAGGCUGCCAGACCCUCUGCCACUUACCAUCUGGUUCAGAGAAGUCUUCCCCUGAAGUCAUCAGCAGGUGGAUCACGCUGAAAAUGGAGAUUGUGGAACUAAUAAGCACUGGAGCUGAAAUCGUGAUGGCUGCCAUCGCUCUUGGCCAAACCAUAAGUGAAUUGGCACCACAACGACAAUGCGACGUUCAGAUCACCAAUUUUUCAGACCGCUACAUUCUCGCAAAUCCUGGGAUGUUUCUCUGCAAGGGAGUCUGCAUUAAUCCUUUGUCUCCCAAAAUUGUACCAUCUGAAUCCGGAGGUGCGUUGUUUGCCAAGGUGCCCCUUACAGGACAUGGAUUUUCUGGCAUUAUCACCUAUGAUCUUUUUAACAUUUCCACUAGCAAAAUCACUGAGCAAAUGGUUGUGUACUUCAAGGUUCCCUAUGAUUUAAACUUGAAGGCAAAUAAAUAUGCAGUGGGAGUCUUUGAUGUUUGCAGGGGGUGUAAUGUGAAUCUGCAUGAAGAAAUGGCAAAGAAAAAGGACAUAACAUUUAUUCGAGGCAAAGCCAAGGGCCCCUCCCUGACUCACGUGAGCCAAGACGUCACUAUAAGUGCCACAAUGUCAGACAGCUAUUCUUCUGUAAUAAAGGUGAGCUUAAGUGACUACUGAAAUUUAUUUUAUGCAUUUUUAACAAAUUCCUCAAAUGAAAUUCAUUUAAAUGUAAUUUUUAUAACAUUACUACAAACUAGCAGUCCAAUUUUUUUAUUUUUAGAUUGUAGUGUGUACAAAUUGCCAUAUGCUCAAGUGUUGAGCUCAAAAUACAAGUUUGUGUGGAGCAGGAUGGCCACUAAAAGGAUUGCCCCAAAUCAGGUUAAGUGGGAAAGCGGUAACAAACGUUAAUGGGUUUAGCUCUUGUUACUUUGCUAAAACUGAACAAGGGUCAUGAUUUAAAGAGACUGUCACAUUUUAUUUAUUUUCAUUUCAGCUGUCAAGUGUCCCCCCUCACCCCAUUUACUGCCAUUUCUUAAUUUCUAUGUAAAAUAAUACUGGCUUGUGUU